GGAGCUUUGUUUGUUUCAUCUUCUGUAAGUUUCUAUAGAAACCCAUUACACUCGUCUCUCAGAUUUGAUUCAGUUUAAUGGAGUAUGAGGUACAAAUGAGAAAAAAACUGGACUUCAACUACAUCCUGUCAAAUGUGGCCCAAAUGCCGAACACGUGGAGGAUUGCACUGCUGGGGAAAACUGGAGCUGGGAAGAGCAGCCUUGCUAACACCCUAUUUGGAGAGAAUGUGUUCAAAGUCAAACAUCUUCCUGGCUCAGAAGCCAGUGUUUGUCAAGCAAAGUCCAGAUCUGUCGGUGGAAGAAACCUCACCCUGAUCGACACUCCUGGUUUCUUUGCCCAAGGAGCGUCUGAGGAGGAGCUGGAGGCUGAGAUAGUGAGGUGUGUGACGGCGUGGCCUCCUGGGCCUCACGCUUUUCUCAUUGUGCUGAAACUGGAGAAAUUCACAGAGCAGGAGAAUGAUGUCAUCACACAAAUGAAAAGGUAUUUUUCCCCAGAGGCUUUAAAAUAUGCUACAGUCGUCUUCACACAUGGCGACCAGCUGUCUGAAGAAAUGACAGUUGAGCAGUUUGUCAGAAAGAAUAAGCAUCUGAAAGAUCUGGUGGAGAAGUGUGGUGGUCGGUGUCACGUUGUUGAUAACAAAUACUGGAAGAACAAGGACACACCUAUAGUCACACAUCAGUCAGGUUUGGCUCCUUUAGAAUGUGCCUUGAUGCACAAGGACUUUCUUCUGAAUAACUAAUUUGU